CCGAUCUUGAACCGAGAUGUAUCUUUCCUGGGCAGUCAUCGCCGCAGGGCUGGCGUGGGCCCCCACCGUCUGGGGGUUCAACCAUGCGACCACCGUCAACUACACGUACCAGGAGCUCUGGAAGCUCGAAACCACCUUCUGGGAUAACUUCUUGUACCCCGCCAAUGUGCAGCAGAUGCUGGCCAUCAAUUCGACCUUAUUUACUCCUGAUGUGCAAGGUCGCGUCGACAUCACCCGCGUCUUCAACGGAAGCGAGCUGAACACCGAAUAUCUCUUCGGCCUCUUCUCGGAUCCCGACCAUCUCAGCCUGGUCGGGGUGCCCGUGGCCUACAGCAUCACCCAAUUCAGCGCCAACGGGAACAUUGCCUCGGCCACCACCGUCGUGACCUUCAAUGCCACCUCGUUUGGCAAUCUCCUGCUGCCCGUCACCAUCGACACGUGGAUUAUGUGGGAUGCCGAGGGACGCAUUGAACAAUACGAUGCCACGUUUCGCUGGUUCGGCUUUCUCCUUGACACCCUGGUGGAAGCGCUGGCCACCUCCAUCAACGGCACCACCAGCCAGGCCACGGCCGCGCUGACCCAGCUGCUGGCCACCACCAUCUGCGCGACCCACGAUCAGUAUUGCACGGGGGACAAUCAACAGUAUACCAAUGCCUCGACCUGCUAUGACUUUCUGACCCAGGACAUUCCGCUGGGCAAGGAUUAUGAGCUGGGACGGAAUACGCUGUUGUGUCGUGAAGUGCAUGAGCACAUGGUCCAGUACGAUCCCGCGUUGCAUUGUCCGCAUAUUGGGCCGACGGGCGGGGAUUACUGCGUCAAUGACCAGACGUACGCCCAAAAGGUCUUGCAGAAGUACUUCCGGAAGUCGUGGAUUGCGGGAGGCUCCUCGGAUGAGGACAUUUGGCUGGCCGACUGAGGGUGCGGGCCGGAUGGCUUGGGGUGGACGCAGACAAAGUUCACCAAGUAGUUAUAUUCGAUGCAUGUAGGGCAUGACCCAAUACCAAAAUUCUCUCGAGGGUCCACCAAGUGGGCAUCGCUUCAUGACAACAUGAUUAAAACCAGCUAGU